UAGAAACUGGCUGUGAAGACCUUGUGAUCUGAUAUUUAUAGUAUGUGUGUGUCUGUGAGGGCGGGAUAUAAAUAGCCCCAGUAUGUGUGGCUGCUAAGGAGCCCCUUGGCUAUAUUGGUGUUAAAACUACACAGAGAGCAGCUUUUUGACUGAAGCUGUCUGUCCUCAGAGUAACCCCUUCGGCACUGGCUCUUUUUACACUUGUCAGAUGAGCAUGAAAACAGAAGAUGACUUUUAUCAGUCAGAGGAAGACUUGGAUGAAGAUGAGGCAACGCAAUAUAUUAUUGAACAAAGUAUAAUUCAGUAUAGAAAGCUAAAAGGAUUAAAUCCAAGUGAUCUGAAACCCUGUGAAGACCCUGAGGAGAUUUUUAAAGCAAUUAAGGAGGGUGAUGAGGAUGCCUUGAACAGACUUGCAGCCCAACCAGAGACUCUGUCCAGAGUUGAUACACGGGGAUGGAUCCCGCUGCAUGAGGCUGCAGCACAGCAGAAUAAGAAGGUGCUAGAGAUGAUCUUUUCAGCAUCACCCCCGGGCGCAGCCCAGUGUCGCACUCUGAAGGGUGAGACGCCACUGUUUUUAGCUGUGGUCCAUGGGCUCAGAGAGAAUGCUACAUUCCUGUUACAGAAUGGCAGCAACCCAGAUCUCCAGAAUGACGAGCAGGAUUCUCCAUUAGUGGCAGCUAUUCUAAAUGAUCAGUAUGAUUUGGCCACGCUGUUGCUUCGUUACAAUGCCAAAAUAGACCAAACCGGACCACUGAACAGGACAGCUCUACAUGAGUCCGCGUUUUUAGGCUUGGAGAAUUUUGUGUAUCUGCUCUUAGAGUCUGGUGCUAAUCCAAAUGCAUGUGAUGUUAAAAAGAAAACUCCACUGGCUCUGGCUGCACAGAAUGGACAUCUAAAUGUGGUGGAGGUUCUGUUACAGAAAGGUGCACAGGUGUGGUGUGAAUCGGAGUCAGGUACGAUUUUGUUUGAUGCAGCGGCAUCAGGAAAUCCUGACAUAAUCUCCUCGCUGCUGGAACACGGUGCAGAUCCAAACGUACCCCUUUAUAGUGGGCACCUGCCAAUUCACCGAGUGGCAUACCAUGGACACAGACUGGCACUGGAACACCUCAUCCCAGUGACUAAGCUGCAUGCUGUAAAGGAAAGUGGGAUGAGUCCUCUCCAUUCUGCAGCUGCUGGGGGACACGCCCAGUGUGUGGAGAUACUGCUCAAAACUGGCUACGAUCCAAACUUCAUGCUGCACCCAAGGAUCCGCCGCAACUAUGAUGAUGACCGCAAGUCUGCCCUCUUUUUUGCCGUGUCCAACAAUGACCUCCAGUGCACCCGCUUACUGUUAGAGGCCGGGGCUCUCGUGAACCAGGAUCCCAUCAACUGUCUACAGGUGGCUCUGAGACAGGGCAAUUAUGAACUGAUCAACAUCUUGCUGAAGUAUGGGGCAAAUGUCAACUACUACUCCCGUGUCAACACCACUCAUUUCCCCUCAGCGCUGCAGUAUGCCUUAAAAGAUGAGGUUAUGCUGAGAAUGAUCCUGAACCAUGGUUAUGACGUGAAGCGCUGCUUUGACUGUCCAUAUGGUGACAGUUCCCAUGAUUACACUGCUUGGACGACGUCAGUCAUUAAAGACAUGGUGUUCUGCGAGGUGAUAACAGUAUCCUGGCUGAAGCACUUAUCUGCCCAGGUGGUGCGCAUCAUGCUUGACUACACUGACCAUGUCUCCUUCUGCACCAAACUAAAAGACACACUGAAGGAGCAGAAACAGUGGCCAGAAAUCUGCCACAUUCAAAGAAAUGUGCGGAGCCUGAAGCACCUGUGUCGCCUGCGGAUAAGGGAGCACCUCAGAUGCCUGCGUUUGAGAGCACCAGCUUUUAUCAACUUCCUUCCUCUUCCUCCCAGGCUGAAAGAUUAUCUGCGCUACAAGGAGUUUGACAUUUACAGCAGGGGCAGUAUGAUUAUCCCCUGAUGAAAACAUAUUUAUAGAUAUCAAAGAUGUAACUGUUUUAUAGAAAGCUUCCUACCUUAUUAUUAUUAUGUGUGAUUAA